UGAUUCGAACGCUAUCCAAAUCAGCACCUUGGCUUUCGUGUUGGCAAUGGCGACGUCGCCGGUAGCCGUGAUGGACGUGGACAAGCUCAGCUACGAGAUCUUCUCCCUGCUGGAGAGCAAGUUCCUGUUUGGAGCUGGCGGGUGCCUGUCGUCGCCCGGGCCGUGCACGCCGGCGAGGCCGUUUGUGGACGGCCGGGUGCGGGUGCUGGCCAUCGACGGGUGCGGCGGCUCGGGCGCCGCCGACGCGCUGCUCGCCGCGGCGGCGCUGGCGCGGCUCGAGGCCCGGCUGCGGGAGCGCGUCGGGGACUCCGAUGCGCGGGUCGCGGAUUUCUUUGAUGUCGCGGCGGGGUCUGGCGCCGGAGGGGUGCUCGCGGCGAUGCUGUUCUUGAGGGGGGCCGACGGGAGGCCGAGGUACACGGCGGAGGAGGCGCUCGAGUUCGUGGCUGCUAGUGUUGGAAGGGACUGGGCCGGCCGGCGCGGGCGGUGGGCGAGGCUGUUCCGCGGCGGCGCGCGGGGGGCGGAGAGGUCGUUCCGGCGGGUGUUCGGCGACGCCACGCUCAAGGACACCGUCGCGCCGCUGCUCGUGCCGUGCUACGACCUCGCCACGGCCGCUCCGUUCGUGUUCUCGCGCGCCGACGCCGUCGAGAGCGACAGCUUCGACUUCAGCCUCCGGGACGUCUGCGCGGCUACCUGCGCCGCUGGGAGCACUGCUGCUGCCGUCAGGUCGGUCGACGGGCGCACGGCCAUCGCCGCGGCGUCCGGCGGCGUGGCGGCCAUGGGCAACCCGGCCGCGGCGGCCAUCACACACGUGCUCCACAACAAGCAGGAGUUCCCCCUCGCCACCAGCGUGGACGACCUCCUCGUCCUCUCCAUCGGCACCGGUGCCGCCUCCUCCUCUUCCUCCGCCGGCGCGGGGUGGAACACGCCCAUGCCCACACGCUCCCCGUCGCCACGUGAGCUGGCGCGUGUCGCCGCCGAGGGCGUGGCAGACAUGGUCGACGAGUCCGUCGCCAUGGCGUUCGGGCACACGAGCGGGAGCAACUACGUGCGCAUCCAGGCCAGCAAGACGGCCACCACCGCACUCCACGCCGACACGGCCGCGGCCGCCGGCGCGAUGCUGUCCCAGCGCAACGUGGAGUCCGUGCUCUUCCGCGGGCGGAGGAUGUCGGAGAGGACGAACGCCGAGAAGGUGGACGCCGUGGCGGCGGAGCUGGUGAAGGAGCACGAGCGGCGGCGCCGCAGCCCGCUUCCGAACGUGGUCAUCAAGCAGGUGGGCACGCCGCGGCUGUCGUCGGCGACCACGGCGUCGUCGGCGACGACGACGAGGACGGCGUCGACGUUGGCGUCGCCGGCGUCGUACGGCUCCCGCCAAUAGUUGAAGCGAAGCUGGAUUUUACAUUAGGGCCGUGACGUGUACGUACGUGCAUGCCGCUGAGGCUUUUACUGACGAGCGACGACAGCGACGUGUUGUUUAAUUUGUUCGUUUGUUUUUUUUGCUUCAGCUUUUUGGUGGGACGCUAAUUAACGCGCGUCCUGCAAAGUUUGUUUCGAAAUGGAAGUGUUGUGAUGCUAAAUUCACCGAGUACAAUAACUCUCAAUCGAACUGAAACUAUUAUAAUUAUAAUAC